AUGGGCAAAGGGUAUUAUUCAUUCAGCUUUUCCUCAGUUGAUUGCGUUUCGACGAUUUGGGAGAAGGGAUCCAUUGCUUUGAAACCUGGCACGUUGAGACUCAUGCGCUGGGUUCCCAACUUCUCUCCUGCUACUCAACGUAAUACCAAUGCUCAGGUGUGGGUGAAGUUUUGGGAUCUUGGUCUGGAAUUUUGGGAGCCUACUACACUUUUUGAGAUUGCCAGUGGUAUUGGCGUUCCAGUGAAGAUUGAUGAGAAUACUCUACAUCAGAGAUUUGGUCACUAUGCUAGGGUUUUGGUGGAUAUUGAUCUUUCUUCUGACCCUCCUUCUGAGCUGGUGAUUAAAAGAGCUUGUGGGGAAGCCUAUGUCAUAUCUGUGGAGUAUGAGCGCCUUCCUGAUAUUUGUUCUCAUUGUGGUAACGUUGGUCAUAGGGUUACUGCAUGUAGGUUCGUGCGUACUUCAGUUCAUGAUAAACCAGAAGCGGAGGUGGUUCAGGAUAGGGGUCGUUCCCGGAAGCGGUCUCACAAACACAAACGAAGAACAAAACAAGUUUCUGUCCCUAAGAAUGUUGGAGAGGGGUCUAGAAGGGAUGCCGGAAAAGCAGUGAUUGUUGAUGAUACCCCUCCAGCCAAGGAAGAUGCAAGGGAAGGCCCAUCCUUUGUGCGUCAAACUCCUUCUCCUUCACUAGUUAAUGUUGUGGCUGGUAGUGACAAGGUAGAGGUGCAAAAUAAGGUAGUAAUGGAGGGACCUACUGCUCCAAUUGUUUACACUUGUGCUCCAGAUGUUGAGAAAGCUACUUGUCAAGCUGUUGAGCACACUGUUAUUCCAAUUGUUGAGCAAGCUAUAGUUCAAAAUGUUCUUGUUGCUGAGGAUGUCUCGGAUCACCAGGUUCUUGCUACGCAGGCUAUUGAUAAUGACUCUGAUACUCGGAUUGUGCACUCCGGCAGUGAUAUUGAAUCUGAUGGCUCAAAUCUUGAGUCUUCUGUUCCAAUUGAGAAUUGGUAUGAUGAAACAGAGCAUGUAUCUGAGACUCAAGAGUUUACUGAGGUAGUUUCCAAGGCACGUCGUAGGUCUAUGAGGAAGGCAGCAAACAUAGAGAGCCGGCAGGCUUAUAUUAGUCGUUCUAAGGGUGCUUCCCAAUGA